AGAGAAAAAGAAGAAGAAGAAGAAGAAGAGAGAAAUCAUUGUUGCUUGCUUCUCCUCCCAUUCUUGCUCUUCCCCAUUGCUUUCACUUCUGUUACCACCUACUCCUCCACUCCCCCGCUUCUCUCUCUCUCUCUCUCUCUAUUUCUACAUCUCUCUCCCACCAUUCUUGGUGCCAUUUCACUUUCCUGUUGCUUUUUUGGGUAAUGCAUUGUGUUUCCCUUGAUCUUGCUCCUCACAUUGCUGUUCUUGUUGUUGGGCUUGGAUUUGGCACUAGAUUUGGUUGUUUGUGAAGGAGGAUGGAUGGAGGAGGUGGUGGAGGAGCAGCAGAAGAUUGUUGUGUUAAGGUGGCUGUGCAUAUCCGGCCUCUCAUCGGUGAUGAACGUUUGCAAGGUUGUAAAGAUUGUGUCUUUGUUGUCCAUGGAAAACCUCAGGUGCAAAUUGGCAGUCAUUCUUUUACAUUUGAUCGUGUUUAUGGGAGUAGUGGUUCUCCAUCAUCUGCGAUGUUUGAAGAAUGUGUUUCCCCACUUGUAGAUGGUUUGUUCCAAGGGUAUAAUGCGACUGUCCUCGCAUAUGGUCAGACAGGUUCAGGGAAGACAUACACUAUGGGGACUGCAGUCAAGGAUGGGCAACAAUCUGGACUUAUUCCUCAAGUUAUGAAUGCAUUAUUUGGCAAGAUUGAAAGUUUAAAGCAUCAGGCUGAGUUCCAACUGCGUGUCUCAUUUAUUGAGAUUCUAAAAGAAGAAGUGAGAGACUUGCUCGAUCCUGCAUCCACUGGGAAACUUGAGGCUGGUAAUGGUAAUGCAGGAAAGGUAUCUGUACCUGGGAAACCUCCCGUACAAAUCCGUGAGGCAUCAAAUGGUGUUAUAACGCUUGCUGGAUCUACUGAAAUUGAUGUCAAUACUCAAACAGAAAUGGCUGCAUGCCUAGAGCAAGGUUCAUUGAGCCGAGCAACUGGAAGCACAAAUAUGAACAAUCAAUCAAGUCGCUCCCAUGCAAUUUUCACAAUCACACUUGAGCAGAUGCGCAAACUAGAUCCAAUAAUUACUGCUGAUGGUAGUCCAAUUGAGGAUAUGAAUGAAGAUUUCCUUUGUGCAAAGCUCCAUCUGGUGGAUCUAGCAGGAUCAGAGAGAGCUAAAAGAACAGGUUCAGAUGGUCUGCGGUUCAAAGAAGGUGUUCAUAUAAACAAGGGACUUCUUGCACUUGGGAAUGUCAUUAGUGCCCUUGGGGAUGAAAAGAAGAGGAAAGAAGGUGUGCAUGUUCCUUAUCGUGACAGCAAACUUACUCGUCUUUUGCAGGAUUCUCUGGGUGGAAAUAGCAGGACUGUCAUGAUAGCCUGUAUAAGUCCCGCUGAUAUCAACGCAGAGGAGUCUCUUAAUACAUUGAAAUAUGCUAAUCGUGCCCGUAACAUUCAGAAUAAGCCUAUUGUUAACCGAAACCCAAUUACAAGUGAGAUGCAAAAGAUGCGCCAACAACUUGAAUACUUGCAGGCUGAGCUACUUGGUCGUGGUGGAGGACCUUCAUCCCAUGAAAUCCAGGUUCUUAAGCAAAGAAUUUCUUGGCUUGAAGCUACUAAUGAAGAUCUUAGAAGGGAGCUUCAUGAAUACCAUAAUAGAUCUAAUGUUGCUGAUCAUUAUGAAGGCGAAGUUCAAAGAGCUGGAUCUUUUUUCACAAAAGCUGAGGGAUUAAAACGGAGCCUUCCUAGUAGUACAGACUCAUUCGAAUACCAGAUGGGUGAAACCCUGGAAGGUGUCAAUUCUAAGGAGAUCGAUGAAGAAGCUGCCAAGGAAUGGGAACAUACAAUGCUGCAAAACACCAUGGGGAAGGAAUUGAAUGAGUUGAAUAAACGCCUAGAGCAGAAAGAGUCUGAGAUGAAAUUAUUUGGUGGGUUGGACACUUUUGCUCUGAAGCAACAUUUUGGAAAGAAGCUUAUGGAACUUGAAGAUGAGAAAAGAAUUGUACAGCAAGAAAGGGACCGGUUAUUUGCUGAAGUUGAAAACUUGGCAGCUAAUUCUGACGGGCAAGCACAGAAGUUACCAGAUGUUCAUCUGCAGAAAUUAAAAUCCCUUGAAGCACAGAUAUUAGAUCUGAAGAAAAAGCAAGAAAACCAAGUUCAGCUUCUGAAGGAAAAGCAAAGAAGUGAUGAAGCUGCCAAAAAACUCCAAGAUGAAAUUCAAUCUAUUAAGGCGCAGAAGGUCCAAUUGCAACAUAAGAUAAAACAAGAGGCUGAGCAGUUUCGGCAAUGGAAGGCUUCACGGGAGAAAGAACUUCUUCAGCUAAGGAAAGAAGGAAGAAGGAAUGAAUUCGAACGGCACAAACUCCAGGCCUUGAACCAGCGACAAAAAUUGGUUCUUCAGAGGAAGACCGAAGAGGCUGCCAUGGCUACCAAGCGGUUGAAAGAGUUGCUAGAAGCUCGGAAAUCUGCAGGACGAGAGAACUCAGCUAUUGCAAAUGGGAAUUCUCAUGGCAUCCAGGUAAGUGAAAAGUCAUUACAGCGAUGGAUAGAUCAAGAACUUGAAGUCAUGGUGAAUGUGCAUGAAGUUCGCUCAGAAUAUGAAAAACAAAGUCAAGUGCGGGCCGCAUUGGCGGAAGAACUUUCUAUUUUGAAGAACGAUGAAGCAAUUUCUGGAGGACUUGUUACUCCAAAUGGAAAGAACAGGCAUUCUCGAAUGUACUCUAUGUCACCAAAUGCAAGAUCUGCAAGAAUAGCAUCACUUGAGAAUAUGGUGAGCAUAUCUUCAAGUACUCUUGUCGCAAUGGCUUCUCAACUGUCCGAGGCAGAGGAAAGAGAAAGAUCAUUUGCAGGGCGCGGGCGGUGGAACCAGCUUCGCUCGAUGGGAGAUGCGAAGAACUCACUCCAAUACAUGUUUAGCAUUGCAGCAGAUGCAAGAUGUCAGUUAAGAGAGAAGGAUAGCGAGAUCAAGGAAUUAAAGGAGCAGAUGAAUGAGCUCGUUGGCAUUCUCCGACUAAGUGAAGCUCGGAGAAAAGAGACUGAAAAGCAGCUAAAAUCAAGAGAGCAUGCUAUGGCUGCUGCAACAACCACACCAACUUCAGGAAAAUCAAAUGGUUCACUGAAGCACAGUGCCGAUGAAACCAGCACUCCACUGUCCCCUGUUCCAGUACCAGCACAAAAGCAACUGAAAUACACGCCCGGAGUUACUAAUAACACUGCUAACCGAGGGGCAGAAGCAAUCACCACCAAACCGAAAAAGAUAGUCCCCGUCAAGCAGUUGUCUGCGGCGAGGAAGCUGACAUUAGCAGGACAAGCAUGCAAACUUUGGAAAUGGAAAAGAAGUCAUCAUCAGUGGCUAUUGCAAUUCAAAUGGAAAUGGCAAAAACCAUGGCGAUUGUCCGAAUACAUUAGACAUUGUGACGAGGCUAUCAUUCGGGCGAGACCUCGGCCCCAACAGCUACGGAGCAUAAGAUGAUACUUAAGUUUUUUGCUGGUCAUCACCGGUGUCGGUUCGUGUGGCUAACUACACAGAUUGCUUGUGAGUGAAGUUGAAUCUUAAAAUACAAGAAAAAACAUAGAUUCAGGAGGUUUACUUGUACAUGUGCAGAUGAUCAUGCUAUAGGUGUAUAAUGAUACGACGUCGAUCAGGUAUUUGCAUGCAUUAUUAUAACAAGGUCUGAAGCUGUUGCAGAAAUAAAGUAUAUACAUGGUUUGUUGUUUUGGUUUGAUAUGCAGAAAAAAGCAUCAUGUAAAGUUGGUUCUGAUGCUUUCACUCUCACCAUAAUUUACUGUUGGUGAUGGUGGUUGUGGUGGUGAAAUUUUUAUUUUUGUUUGAAGUGUUGAUCAAUGUAUAUUUUUGUUUUUAAUUGUGAAAAGACCGAAUUAAAGGGUUUUA